AACUUGCAGCAGCUGUGUUUGUGUGUCCGUGCACGUUCUGCUGCCAAGGCUUAUAAAUAGAGCGGCGCUGUUCUACCGGGUGACAGCGCGCGCUCAGCGGGGAACGAGGCGCAGGCGCGUCCCGGUUUGCAGCUGAGUCCGGACACGUCCGGUUACGUCCCUCCACUUUGGAACGCGGACUCAAACUGGACGCGACGAGCAGAAGGAGGAGAACAUGACGGUGGAUCUGGAGGCUCCUCCGCCCGCUGCACCGGAGGAUUUCGCCAUCCGGUGCCGAGACGUGUGCCGGUCCUACAGCAAACUGAAGGUCCUCAGCCACCUCAACCUGACGGUGCCACAGGGACAGAUUUACGGCCUCUUGGGCCCCAGCGGCUGCGGGAAGACCACGCUGCUGAAAUGCAUUGUGGGAACGCUGAAAAUCUCCCAGGGUCACAUCACGGUGCUGGGGCGGCCUCCUGGUUUCCCGGGUCACGACGUGCCGGGGAAGAAGGUCGGGUACAUGCCACAGGAUCUGGCCUUGUACAGCGAGUUCACCAUCAGCGACACCCUGACCUUCUUCGGCCGAGUCCACGGCCUGACGGCGAAGGAGACCAGGGCGCGCAUGGACUUCCUCAUCGACUUCCUGGACCUGCCUCAGAAACAGAGCCUGGUCCGAAAGCUCAGCGGGGGUCAGAAGCGCAGGGUGUCCCUCGGAGCUGCUCUGCUCCAGAAUCCAGAGCUGCUCAUCCUGGACGAGCCAACGGUCGGAGUGGACCCUGUGCUCAGGGCCAAGAUCUGGCAGCAUCUGGUGGAGAUUGUGAAGACGGGGAAAGUGUCGGUCAUUAUCACCACACACUACAUCGAGGAGGCCAGACAAGCCAAUGUGGUCGGGCUCAUGCGGAACGGCCACUUGCUGGCGGAGGGUUCUCCAGACGAGGUCAUGAAGCAGCACAAUGCAGCAACCCUGGAGCACGCCUUCCUGCAGCUGUGUCAGACCUACGACCAGGUCGACUCCAAACGAGGGUCCAGUCCACAGGGGGCGCCGCUGGAGAACAGCCAGUCGUUCGACGAGAGUCGGCCAAUACUCGCCAUCGGAGCCGGAGCCGAGGAGGAAGUUCCCAAAUACUCAGUGGACUGGAAGGUGCGAGCCCGACACCUGCUGCCCAAGUGGAGGAACAUCGCCGCCCUGAUGAUCAAGACUCUGGUGCGGAUGAAGAGAAUGCCCGGCUCGUUGUGUUUCCAGUUCGUGCUGCCCGUCAUCCAGAUCUCUCUGAUCUGUCUGUGCGUGGGGGGGGAUCCGCGGGGGGUCCAGGUGGCCGUCGUGAACAACGAGACCUCCCCCUCGGCCUACAGCCUGACGCUGCUCUCCUUCCUGGACAACACCAGCGUGCAGCAGGUGCCCUUGUCUCAGGCAGAGGCUUUCGAUGGGAUCCAGAACGGGGAGUACUGGGGCGUCAUCGGCUUCGGGAAGAACUUCACCAGCUACCUGACCAAAAGGAUGAUGCAGCGGCAGGUUUCCAGGGAGGUGGUCGAUGGAGGAUCAGUGCACGUCUGGCUGGACCUGACAAAUCGACAAAUUGCCUUAAUGCUGCAGAAGAAGCUUCACGAGGCUUUUCAGGACUUCGUGGACAAUAAGCUGGGCAGCAUGUCGUACCUGGUGUCGCUGCCGGUGAAGAUCGAGGAGCCGAUCUACGGCGACGAGAACACAGACUUCACCACAUUUGUGAUGCCUGGAGCUGUUCUCAGUAUCACCUUCUACCUGGCCGUGGGUCUGACGGCUCUCUCCUUCGUCCUGGAGAGGAAGGAGGGGCUUCUGGACAGGUGCUUCGUCGCAGGUGUGAGCUCCAUGGAGACCAUGCUGGCUCACCUCUUCUCUCAGCUGUUUGUCAUCAGCGUCCAGAUCGUCCUGCUGCUGCUCUUCAUCCUGCUCGCCUUCAAUAUGCCUAAUGAAGGCUCCCUGGUGCUGGUCAUAAUUCUCAUCGUGCUGCAGGGCGUCACCGGCAUCUCCUUCGGCCUCGUCAUCUCCGCCGCCAUCGAUGACGAGCAGAGCGCCAACCAGGCCGCACUGGGCGUGUUCUACCCCAACCUCAUCCUCAGCGGUAUCAUCUGGCCCGUGGAGUGUAUCCCGUAUCCUCUCCGGUACCUCAGCCUGGCUCUGCCUCAGACCUACGCCUCUGAAGCCCUGCGCUGUAUAAUGUACAGAGGUUGGGGUCUGAGUCAGAUGAUGGUGUGGCGAGGCUUCGCCGUCACCCUCGGCUGGAACACCUUCUUCCUCCUCCUGGCCACGGUCAUCUUAAAGCUGAGGACGUGAUCGCCCUCGUCCCCCCGGAGGACAUCCCUCGGUGCGGGGACGGACCCUGCCGGGAGACGCCCGGGACGCGAGGACUCACCUGGUCUCCUCCUGUCUGUGGAUGUACCGAUGCAGCGGAGACCAGGAGGAGACACGUUAUCUGUCUCUCACGGACACUUGAUCCUGAUCCUGCAGCAGCUCCAGUGUGGGAGACAUUUCUUGUUGUGUGUCUGUGGACAGUUUUGCAUCUUGUCCACUGGGAGACAGGAAGUGGGAACCAUGUCUCAGGUCGGUGAGACGCACAAACUCAAAACCGUGUGGGACGGACUUCUGUCUCAUGUGCCCGGCUCCUCAAGCCGUGGUUGCCAUAGACUGUAAAUAAAGAAGGACGACAUGAUGCAUCUCUACCGCCCCCUGGUGGUACAGCAUGAGCCCUGCCUCCUCCAUGUUAGUGUCAGGGGCCAAACGGAAAGCUUGUGUAUCGACCUCACCACGAAGACGCCGGUGUUCGUCUUCAUUGUUCUGGACAGUGGAGACGAGGCGUCCAUCUUUAGUUCCAGUCUUUGGUUGUUGUGUUGCCUGCAAUGGAAAAGGGAAGAAAUAUGUUUUUAAAUUCUAAAAGUGAUGUUUAAAUAUGAAAUAUAUCCAGCCUGUGUUCUUAGAUUGUUGUUGCUGAUUGUUCGGUUUAGAGACUUUUUUGUUCAAGUCAUCAAUGAUGAAGAAUUCUGCGUUUUAAACACUUUCCAUCGUGUAAAUGAAUAUUGUUUAAUUGCUAAAUGAUUUUGUUAUCGGCCAGUUCGUGAAUUCUUUGACUGAGAAGAGAAAGUUUCCUGAUAAAAGUGAACAUUUUAAUAUUUCCUCUUGUUUUCAGUUAGUACAAACCAACAUGGAGCACAUUUUUUAAAUAAUGAUUAGAAAAGAUGUAAACUAUAAAAAGUAUUGAUGAAUAAUUGAUCUUUUCUUUGAUUUCUGAGCCUGUGAGCUCUUUAAAAGAAUCAGAAAAUAGCCUCAUACGCUGAGAGUCAGAUAAGAAAUAUCAUUCUCAUGUACAUGUCGCCUCACCAGUGGAUGCUCCCACUAACUUUGAUUUACCUGCCCGGAGGUGAAAUGUCGUCUGUGGGACAUUUUUCACCAAAUUCUGCCAAAUUCUCGUCUGAUUUUCUGCCAAUUUCACCAAAUAUCUAGAGUGUCUCUGUCACAGAAGGUUUGACCCGAGCAUCUCCUGCUGCGUGGACGUCCAUCUGGACGCAUGCUUGUUCCCUCAGUAUCUCUUUGUGUCGUUGGUUUGAAUCCCGCUGUGAAUCUAAACACGUAUACCAGCAUGUGUCGUGUUUAGCUGUGUUGUUACAGCCGCCAUGAUGUCACAUGUUGCUGCCCAAUCAGUUAACGGGAUAAAUAAUGAACCUAAACAGCAUCUGAUUGGUUUAUGUGAUGAUCUCGUGCUAGUGGUGGAUGAAGGCCGCUCUUUGCUGCUCUAGACGUUUUCCUGCGCUGUGAAUCUGCCGUUGUUGCUCUGCUGCACAUUUGCUCUGGUUUGGAAACAUCCUCCAUCUCUGAUCAGAUGGAAUCCAACGUGCUCCUUCAUGGACUCAGCUGCUUUUUGCCAAACCUUGAGGACAGAGCUGCGCCUUCUCCGGCUCUCGGAUCAUAAACUGUAGAGGAACAAGUCGGCUCCUCAUCUUUACAUUCAGUCUCUGCUCUGGAGAUUCUACAUGGUAUUACUGUGUGCACUGUGUUUCUGGAUAAGUGGGAUAUUUUGUCUAUUCAUGUCUAGUUUUGUUCUAAAAUAUUGUAUCUAUUUUGAAGGAAUAACCUUAUUUUCACUAUUGACAUUCGAGUACUUGAUAAAUACAGAUAUCAAUCUGAUUUAAGCAUUUACAUGAACUGCAAGGAUCCUGCUUAAAACAAUAUUUUAAAUGAGUUGACUAUUUUCCAUGCUGCUCCUAUAAUUAGUUUAGCACAGACUCAGAAUAAAGGUGAACAUCAUGACAGUUCCCAAAGGUGAAGCCAAAUCAUUUUAAUUUAAACUGAAUCAAAAUACCUGAUAAAAUAUAUUUGAUUGUGUGAUAACGUGUAUUUCUGUGUAGUAUUUGAAUGGAAAAGUGAAACGCCAGCUGUGGCGUGUUGGUUUGUGUAAAUCUGAACAAACCACACCCACACAGUCAUGAUAAGAAUUUAAAACUUUCAUAUAAAUUAUACUUAAACAUGUUUUUACCCCAAAUUAUUAAAAAAAUGGAUUGUUUACUGUAAGCACUUGUCCAUGAGCUACCUCCAAGUCUCCCCCCCGAAGUGAAGCUGCUGUGUUGUGACACGUCUGCACCGUGGACACGCUUCCACGACCUUCUGUUCGUGCACUUUCAAACAAUAAAGUUUGUGGAGAUAA